AUGAAAUAUUUUCUUCUACUUUCUCUAGUUUUUGUCGUCAAUUGUCUUCCACCGCCAGAAGGAUUGAAAAGAGCAAAACAAGUGGGAAAUGAUGGAAAUGGAGAUGUUGCCGGGGUAGAACCACCACCGAAUCUACAAUUGAGAUCCAGGAUGAUGGCUGCAAUGAACUCUCAUCAUACCCAACCAAUUGCCGCGACGAAAGCCAACAUAUUCAAUCAACCGCUUAUCUUGACCAAGAACAAGAAAGUUGCAAAACCAGCAGCCAAAGCAAUCAUCACUCAAUCAAUCACUGCAUCAACUGAAGAUCCACUCAAGAAUGUCGGAGAAGUUACUCGUCCACCAACGACUUCUUUGUCUCCAGAAGAUAUCAGAAAGAAGUUCUCAAGUGUUGGAGAUGAAAAAGUGAAUCUGAAGGUUCGUCCAGUUCUCAAGACAAACUUUGUGGAUGCCAAUGGAAAUGUUGUCCGAGAUGUAGUAUCUGUUCCGAUUCGUGUGUCAGACGGUCACAUAAAUUCCAUUCCAAAGAACUCUAAAAACGCGACAUCCAGCUCGGCCGUCGUUGAAACUGAGAAGAAUGUGAACGUCUCAUUCCGAUCUUCCCUACCUUUGUGGCUUUUCUAA